GGUGUGCGGAGGAUAAGCCCAGCGGUGUAUUGUGGGAGAGACAGAAGCUACAGAGGCACAAUAUGUGUUCGCCUAAAAGGAGGCACUAUUCUUCAAGAUAAACCAUGUAAUGUACGCGGCGAAAGGAGCGUUUUUGUCUUUUCGUCAAAUAAAGAAAUAGCUCUCUAUUGGACGAACCAUGUCCAAGCCCGGGGACAGAAACAGACUGAACGAGGACCAUGGCAAAAAACAGAGUUCAACUCUGAACGGCACAGAGAGCCACGGCUCAGAGAAGCGGAGUCACCACUGGAGAAGUUACAAGUUGAUUAUUGACCCAGCUCUGAAGAAAGGCUCUCACAAACUCUACCGCUAUGAUGGACAGACCUUCAGCAUGCCUAACCCGGGGUUACCUCCUGUGGAGACGGUUCGAGACCCGAGGAUCGGUCGCCUCUGGACAAAGUACAAAGAGACGGACUUACCUGUCCCCAAGUUUAAGAUCGAUGACUCCUACAUUGGGCCGGUGCCUCCAAAGGAGGUGACGUUUGCUCGACUGAACGAUAAUAUAAGGGAAGGAUUUCUGACCGACAUGUGCAAAAAGUUUGGGGAAAUUGAGGAGGUUGAGAUUCUUUACAACCCUAAAAACAAGAAGCACUUGGGAAUUGCCAAAGUUGUUUUUGAAUCUGUUAAAGCCGCCAAAGUGGCUGUGCAGACGCUGCACAACACGUCUGUGAUGGGAAACAUCAUCCACGUGGAGCUGGAUCCUAAAGGUGAGAAUCGCCUCAGAUACUUUCAGCUCCUGAUGAACGGCAGCUACACCCCCCGGACUCUGCCUGUGGGCGGUGAGGAGGCUAAAGUCUCCCCUCGAACCCUCGCAGAAGCCAUUUUGGCUUGUGAGCCCAUCCGCAGACUGUCUGAGAGCAGCUCUGCAGGAGGAGCCACCGGAGGAGCCGCCGGAGGAGCCGCCGGAGGAGCCGUACCACCCAGCAACUCCACGACUCCUCUGUCGUCGGAGGGCGGAUACUUCAGCCUGAGGCAGGACACGCCGCAGUCCCAGGGGACGCCUCACACCCCCCGUCAGACCAGUACUCCCUUUUCUCAAGACUCUAACUACUCGUCGCGACAGUCCACACCUGCGUACCAGUCCAACCGCGCCGAGAGCUCGGCCAGUUACAAAUCCCGCCGACACGAGAGCAAGUUUCAGGACGCCUACAACCGCCGUCCAGAGAGGCCACAGUAUCGAAGUAACAUGUACCGCAGUUCAUCAUCAGAACAAGCCCCUUACAAACAGCAGCAGGUCACUCCGCCUGAACCGCCACCUCCGACCCCUUCAUACAACUACACGACUCCUACACCACCUACACCCAGCUUCAAGUCAGCCUUUUCCCCCUACCAGACCCCCCUGCCCCCCGCUUUCCCCCCGUCUGAGCCUUUCCAUCACCCAGUCCAGAGGGAGUCAGAGUAUCUGAGACCACCUCAGCCUCCUCCUGAAGCUCCUUCUGACUUUGUGACGGCCAAAGAUCGGCCAGAGACUCCCCCUAUACCCGAGCCCCCACCCGAACCUGUCCCGCAACCAACUACCCCACCUCCCCAAACCCCAGAGCGCUGCCCCUCUCCUGGCUCCCCAAACAUGGACUCAGAACGAAACAGUCUGGAUUCCAGGAUUGAGAUGCUUCUAAAAAGGACAAAACUGCCUUUCUUAGCGGAGCGAGACUCGGAUACAGAGGUGCGGAUGGAAGGAAGUCCCAUUUCGUCGUCAUCCUCUCAGCUGUCCCCGAUCCCCCCGUACACAGGCAGCUCUCAGGGCGGUCAGCAGAACUCCCGUCCUUGUAGCACAGGUUUGGAGGACAUCAGUCCGACUCCGCUGCCGGACUCUGACGACGACGAGCCCGUCCCGUCGGCCGCCUCCCUCCACAGAAGACUGAGCUCGCCCCUGCGGGACAAGAGGAACAAGAGUGACAAAGAUGGACAUUAUCGAGGCCACACACCUACAGAUAAAAUGGACACGGGCCAUCAGUCAUCAGGAGAAGACAUGGAGAUCUCAGACGAUGAGAUGCCGAGUACGCCCAUCACCAGCGGAGACUGCGCCAAAGGCAUCGUAGUGAACUCCGCCAUGUCACCGAUGCAGACGCUGGCUCUGCAUCCUCCCGGCUUCCCUCCUCUGCACCAGACGGGCUACGCCAUCCCCCACCACCACUACGGACCCCACUCCGGGGUCCCCGCGCACCCGCACCUGACCGACCCUCACGGAGUGCCCCACCACAUGCUCCACAUGGGCCCCUACGCCCACGGCAUGGUGCCCCUCAUGCAGAUGGAGCUCAUGAACUGUUUGCGAUGGGAGCAGUGGAGCACUGUCCCCAUGUCGUUCCAGAUGCAGCAGCAGGUUCUGAGUCGCAUGGCUCAAACGAGGGGGCCGUAUUCCUACCCGCAUUACAUGGACGGCUCUUUCGGAGGUCCGUACCCCGCUUUGUCCAUGAGCGCGGCCCCGAUGAGCGCGGCGGGCGCCCACGGGCAGCAGUGGCAGCAUGCCAGCGUACCAAAGUUUAAUCCAACUGUUCCUCCUCCUGGAUAUGAUUCUCAAAAAGAUGAUCCUCAUAAAGCCACUGUGGACGGAGUGCUGCUGGUCAUAGUCAAAGAGCUGAAGGCCAUCAUGAAGAGGGACCUCAAUCGUAAAAUGGUGGAGGUGGUGGCCUUCAGAGCGUUUGACGAGUGGUGGGAAAAGAAGGAGCGCUUGGCUAAGGCAUCGUUGACACCAGUGAAAGGGGCAGAAGGUAAAGAAGAAGAAACCAAACCUAAACCUAAAGAGAUGAUGGGCUCCAGUCUGUUGGAAAAUUGGAACAAGGGUGAAUCUUUAGGUUACGAGGGGAUGGGCCUGACCAUCGGUCUACGAGGAGCCAUCCGUUUGCCGUCUUUCAAAGUGAAAAGAAAAGGUCCUCCUGACGCUGCCGCCGCAGGUGAGAGCAAACGCGCUCGGCCGUCCACUCCAGUCGACGACGAGGAUGAAACUAAACCAGUCGAUGAAGGGAAACUGGACGGAGACGGCACAGCGGCAAAGAGACGCCAUUCUCGACCUCUUGAACUGGACAGUGAAGGGGAGGAGGCGGACACCUCGGAGAAGGAGGAGUCUCUGUCUGAUCGAGAGGAAGAGCCAGAAGAACCCGAGCCUAAGCCGGCCUCAUCAGACAAAGAGAGUGAAGAUGAGAGCGAUGAAGAUCAGGAGCGAGAGUCGUCCUCGGAGGGAGCCUCCUCAGACUCGUCUGAUGAAGACGACGGGCAGUCGGUCGCGUCUAAGGCCAGUUCAGACUCGGAGUCGCAGAGCUCAGACUCGUCCGGAUACGAGGUGAGCUCUGAGGAAGAGGAGAGUGAGGAGGAAGAGGAUAAAGGGACCGAGGUCGAGGACGGCAGUAGAAACACUUCCUCAUCCUCCUCUUCUUCAUCAACCUCUUCUGACGAUGAGAGCGAGACUAACGAGGCUCCGAGCUUUCCCGUCGGACGGCUCUCAGACGACAGGCCAGAUCGUAAAAACAAAGAGGAGCUCACGGCCAAGACCCGCCCGAGACCCCCCAGUCCCACGGAGCCCGAGACCCUCAGACCGCCGUCACCUGCCCCAGAGAACAAGCGGGAUCUAAGUGGUGAUGUCACAGCUUUGAAGUCUCGGGAGCUUCAGUCAAACCUCCGGCCCCCCACUCCGACCGGCGUCCUGGACGACAGUGACAACGAGCCCAAAGGUAAAGAACCGGAGGAAGUGGCCUUCACUGAUGCUCCACUAACAUCUGUAGAGUCAAACUCCUCUGCCCCCAAACCCCUAGCGUCUUUAAUGCACCUCCCUCUUCCUCCUCACCCCUCUUUGGAGGGGCGCUCCCUCCUCCACCCGCCCCCCGCUUCACUGCCGGACCUCCCCCAGCGGCCUCGGCUCCCCACAGACGAGGACACCCCGCGUACGCCGGGCAGGGACCUGUUGGAGCAAACUCGGAGUCUGGGCAAGUCCCAGAGCACCGACACUGUGCCCGUCACGCCUGUAGGGGACGCUCCGCUGACCGGCAGCGGGCUGCUGCUUAGCUCCCCUCACGUUCCCGGUAGUCCUUUCUCCUACCCCGCUCAGUCUCCUGUUCUUAGUGCUGGUAUCCCCCGAACGCCAGGAAGAGAUUUAACUUUCACCCCUGUGUUCCCUGACCCCACAGCGCUAAGCCUCAACAGAAAAACGUCCUCCGCCAGCGUGGACGACGGAGCGGUGUUCAAAGAGCCGCCCGUCAGCGCUUUGCCAAACCAGACCUCUGUUUGUGACGACGUCUCCGCGGCGCUCUCACUGGACGUGCCCGUUCCAUCUGACUCUGCAUCGUCCAAGAAGAAGACCUCACGAGUCAAGUCCAAGAAGACCCCCGCGGUCUCUGAAGGAGACGAGUCUUUAAAGGUCGUCCCAGAGUCUGUCCCUCAGGACACGUACCUGUCCAGUAAGUCCCCCGAACGUACCACUCUGGACUUUAGGGAAGAUGAGGUGGAGCCUCAAACGGUCGUACCUCCUGAGGAUGGAUUUGUGUCGUAUGAUGAUGAAGAGCGGAUAGUGAAGCCCGCUCGGAGGGCGCGCCGGUGCUGGGAUGAGCUGCUGCUGGGGAGCCUGUCUCCGGUGACCACGCCCCCUCGCACGUACUUCAAACCGAGGUCAGAUUUCGAGGAGAUGACCAUCCUAUACGACAUCUGGAACGAAGGCAUCGAUGAAGAGGAUGUGCGACUGUUGAAGAUCACCUACGAGAAGAUGCUGCAGCAGGACAACGGCAACGACUGGCUCAACGACACUCUGUGGGUCAACCAUCCCACGACAAAUAUCCCUGGAGUGAAGAAGAAACGCAGAGAUGAUGGAAUGAGGGAUCACAUGACCGGCUGUGCACGGAGCGAAGGAUACUACAAGAUCGACAAGAAGGACAAGAUCAAAUACCUCCAGAGCACACGGCUGCAGUCAGAGGAGGUUCCAGUCGAUACACAGGGGAUGAGUAUUCCUGCUCAGGUCCAUGCCUCUACCAGAGCGGGCUCGGAGCGGCGGUCGGAGCAGCGGCGGUUGUUGUCCUCUUUCGCCUGUGACAGUGACUUACUCAAGUUCAACCAGCUCAAGUUCCGUAAGAAAAAGAUUAGAUUUUGUAAGUCUCACAUCCACGACUGGGGCCUGUUUGCUCUGGAGCCGAUCGCUGCUGAUGAAAUGGUCAUCGAGUACGUGGGACAAAACAUCAGACAGGUCAUCGCUGACAUGCGAGAGAAGAGAUAUGAAGAGGAGGGAAUCGGCAGCAGUUACAUGUUUCGUGUUGAUCAUGACACGAUUAUAGAUGCAACAAAGUGUGGAAACUUCGCCCGAUUUAUCAACCACAGCUGUAAUCCGAACUGUUAUGCGAAGGUCAUCACCGUGGAGUCUCAGAAAAAGAUCGUGAUCUACUCCAGACAGCCGAUUAACGUCAACGAGGAAAUCACAUACGACUACAAGUUCCCCAUCGAGGACGAGAAGAUUCCCUGUUUGUGCGGUGCAGAGAACUGUCGGGGAACGCUGAACUGAGUCCAGCCUGGACGCGGCCCCCUGGACGCCCUGGACACGGCCCCCUGGACGCCCUGGACACG